CGUCUGGUCCGGAUAUCAUAUCCAGAAUAAAAGUGAAGUGUAUGAACUCGAUGACUUUUUCCGUAAACGUGGAGAAGCAGAGGCCGAGUAUUCGCGUCAGCUGGAGAAGUUAGCUAAAGGUAUCAUGCAACGUCAUAAGGCGGAGAAAAAUAGGUCUGUUUUUGGUUGGACACAACAUGCAUCGUGCUCAGCUUGGCAACAAUUAGUAGAUGAUACUAAAAGUGAAGCUCUUCAGAGACAGAUGCUUGCCGAGUUGUACAGUAAACAUAUAAGUGGCAGUAUUAGUUCAAGAUGUGAAGAUUUGAGCAAAAUUAGUAAACGGUGCCGUGAAAUUGGUGCCCUGUCUCAUAGUGAAUUGAAUCGGGUGCUUACCGAACUGCAUACGGCUAUGAAAACGUACCAGUUGUGCUAUGCGGAAAUGACUGGUGUAGAACGGAAAUUACGAAUAGCCGAGGAGGAAAAGCGACGGUAUGAAGAAGCGAAUCCUGAAAAAGCGGAGGGUACUCGCAAAUAUCGUAAUUUAUGCAAGUAUCUGAAGAAGAGAGAGGAUAAGUACAACGCUGUUCAUUCCAAAUGCACAAAAGGACGUAAUGAGUAUUUGAUGUGCAUUCGUGCAGCAAAUGCAGCAUUACACAGGUUCUUCGCACAGGACCUCAGUUACCUAAUCGACUGCAUGGACUUGGGCAUGGACUACUGGACAAGAGCUUUGUUAGUCGAAGUUCGCAAACGCCUAACGCAGCGAGAAAUGGACAGUUUGGCAGAAUUAGGUACGCUGAGGUCGGCGGUAGAUGCAAAAGCGGAUAAGCAACGGUUCUUCGAAGCACAUCAUGCCACCUUCAUGCUGCCGAAGCAAUUCGAGUUUAGGCCACAACUAGGUGACUGUAUAAAUACUGUAUCGGCGGAAAAAGGAAUAGCAGUUGAAUUAGCACAACGUCAAAAGCAGAUAGAGAAACGCCUAGAAGGACUACGUUUUGAAAGUGAUGAAGUAUGGAAGAGUUUGGAAGCAUCGGAUCGCCAACUCCUCCAAAUGUACAGUUGUGAUUUUAAAGAAAAGGAAGAACCAGGCAAAUGGCGGCAAGAUAUUCUGGUGACCUACCAAUACUAUCUCAAAAAGUUUGAGUAUUUUCUGCUGAAUGGAAAUCUGAUAGAGCGGCUAGAGGCGAGAAGUCGGGCGAUCGGUGAAGCGCUUUCACGAGCAGCUGGUGCUUCAUCGAAUAACUCAUUGGUUACAACAUCCGAGGAACGGAUGAAACGACGCCCCAAGAGAAUUGGUGUGGCUGGUAGUGACGAGCUAAAGCCAAGACCAAAACUUUUCGGAGGAAGUCUUGAUGAGUACGUGGAGGCGACCGGUGAAGCAAUCCCGCUAGUUGUUGUAUCCGCUAUAUCCUAUCUGUCACGGUACUCUUUGCGGAAUCAGGGUCUUUUCCGUGUGAGUGGUUCUCAGUCGGAGAUCAAUCGGUUCAAGGAAGCCUACGAAAGAGGAGACGAUGCGUUCAUGGAGCUGACAGACGGCAGCGAAUCGAAUUCAGUAGCUGGUGUUUUGAAGCUGUACCUGAGAGAGCUACGUGAGCCACUGUUCCCGAUCUUCCUAUUCGAUCAGUUUACAGAUUGCGCUAAAGCAGAUUCGGCUCAGGACUUUGUGAGAAAAGCGAAAGAGCUCAUUGAGAAGCUGCCGAUUUCUCAUAUAUUAUUGCUACGCUUUUUAUUCUCCUUCCUAUCGCAUCUAUGUGAGUUUGCGGACGAGAAUAUGAUGGAGCCGCAUAAUAUGGCCAUUUGCUUCGGCCCGACUUUGUUACCAAUACCUGAGGGAAAGGAUCAAGUUUUCUAUCAUAAUUUUGUGAACGAGCUGGUACGAAACUUGAUUCUUCACGUGAAUGAAGUGUUCCCACAAGAUCUACCUGGCCCUGUUUAUGAUAAGUAUGCAGCAAUAGCGGAAGAAGUCGACCAUAUGGGCUAUAUGGACGAAGAAAUAUUGAUUUUCAGUGACGGCCUAUCUGAAGAUGAAGAUUGUCUACGGAACGGUAGCGGAGUUUCAGCAGAUUCAGCACUUGCUGAAUCUACUUACGAUAUUUCAACAUCUGCGGAUAUGACACGCGAUGCUACCACUUCAACCCUACAACGGGUACCAACGCCUGAAGACCAAAGUCAGCCGCCGAGUGUUUCGUCGAGGUAG